UCUCUCUCUCUCUCUCUCUCUCUCUCUCUCAACCUAAUUAUCUUCUUUUAUAACUUAGAUUACUUCCAAAAUGCAGUUUUAUUUUGAUUAUUUUACUUAAUUGAUUGUUUUGUUCUGUAAAUUAAUUUGAUCAGAACCGAAUAAGGAAUUUGACAGAAGAAAUGGCGACGGAUUACAACAGAGCCGAUGAUUUCUUAUUUUCUCAGCAACAACAAGAGUCUACCACUGGUGCAAAUAAAUACGGAGGACUUGUGCCAAAGAAAAAGCCUCUUAUCUCUAAGGAUUACAAACGUGCUUUCUUUGAUUCAGCAGAUUGGGCUUUACACAAGCAAGAAGCAAGUAUAGAUGAGAGAACAAUAGCGGCAAUAGAAAAUCUAAGACCCAAAUUACAGAGAACGCCUCGCAAGCAACUUCCCCCUAGAAGACCCACAUGUGCAUCUGGUCAUGAGAGUUUGACAGAGUCGAGCUUUUAGGGUACAAGGAAAAGGGUUUUGAUGCGGAAAUGGAACGUGAUUGGUUUGGUAGUGAGCCUGCCUACUCACGUGUUUCCUGUUUCCACUAAAACUUGUAUGCACAGUUGUUCGGUUUUUUUCACUCUUGGUUCAUAAAAUACUUGUCGUUUCAAUAAAUAUCGCAGACAAUUGUUGCUGUUUCUUUUCUUUC